CUCUCACACAUUGAAAAACGUCUCUCACCUUCAGUGGAACACAUCCAGUUACAUUAAGGUGUGAUAAUGAUGAUGAUGAUGAUGAAGCAGGUGGGAUUAAUCUUCCUCCUGACUGAACUCACUCAGGUCUCUACUUUUACAAACUACACAGCGUGUAAAAAUCGUGACAGAAAGAGAACAUGGAGUGUGACAGCUGGAGAGUCUUUGUAUCUAAUGUGUCCAAAUCUUGAUUGUUAUGAAGACAAAUAUAACAGUUCAUAUGUUUGGUUUAAGAAUAUCAAUAAAACGAUGAGUUUGGAAAAGAUUGGAACAGAGGAACACGAGCGUGUGCAUUACCACAGAUCUGUGUUAUACAUCCUUCAGUUAACUCUAGAAGAUACAGGACUUUAUAUCACACAGGAAUGGUUUUCGGAUAAAACUUGUCAUGAAUUUGAAGGGGACCUUGUGGUUUAUGAAGAGUUUAGCCCAAAUCUUUUAUAUUCUGACAUUUCAAUAUCAAGGGAAAGCUCGAAUUCAAUUCCCUGUCCUGUGUGUGAAAAUCAAAACGGAACAUUCAUCUGGUAUAAGAAUUUCUCUCUCAUUUCAACUCAAGAGUUUGGGGAUAUUUUACGCAUUCGUAAUGCUUCAAAAGAAAACGAAGGUAUUUACACGUGUGUUUGUACCUGGGAACAUCACGGCAGAAAGUACAACACCUCUGCAUCUCGUCCAGUUUACAUUACAGAACCAUCUGCCAUUAUUCCUCCACAGAUCAUUCUUCCUGUCAAUAACUCCAUUUUUUAUGUUGAUAUGGGUACAGAAAUUGUCCUCACAUGUUCUGUGUUCACUGGAUCCUUCGGGAAAGAUAAGUGCUUGUGUGACUGGGAAAGAAACGGGACCGAGCUGAAUGGAUAUAAAGUGGAAUACAGAGAGGAUGAUGAGUUCAUUCAUGCAGUUCUGACCAUCAGUGAAGUUUCUCAGGUGGACCUGUCUGUGUUUCAGUGUAUAGCUGAUUACUCGUAUGAAGUGAUGUUUGUAUCGGUCACUUUGGAAAGCAGAGAUGUGGGAGUAUCGAGUCUGACGCUGAUCUCAGUUUGUGUUUGUGUGCUGUUUCUCUUUCUGCUGAUCACCGGAGCAGUCAACAUGUUCGCUGUAGAUUUUGUGCUUUUAGUCAGAGGAAUUUUCAAGAAGCUCAACAGAAAAGAAGAUGGGAAAGUGUAUGACGCUUAUGUGAUUUACCAAAGAAACAACUUAGAUGAGACGUCAGAAAAAACUUUAAGUGAAUUUAUUAAUGAAGAACUUCCUACGGUAUUGGAGAAAAACUACGGCUACAAACUUUACAUUCCUGCUAGAGAUGAUCUACCAGGCGAAGACUGCAUGAGUCUGAUCGAAACUAAGAUAGAGCUCAGCCGAAGACUUAUCUUCAUGAUCACUCCAGGAAACAGAGAGCAAGAACACAGCGGUUCUCCUGAAGCUUAUGAUGUUCAGGUGGGACUCCAUCAGGCUUUGGUACAGGGAGACACCGCUGUCAUCCUCAUCCAGUUAGAAGAAAUCCAGGACUACACACAUCUGCCACUCGGACUGCAGCAUCUUCUCAAAAACAAUCCUCCUUUACAAUGGAGAGAUGGAGAAAAAACUAAUUCAAGGUUUUGGAGACAAGUGCGCUACAGAUUACCCAUUCCAUCAUGUCAGAAAGACUGUCUGAAAAAAACAUCUGUAAAAUUAAACUAUCUCAAGAUUCAGACUGAAAAUGAACAAAUAUGAUCCAGGCUCUAAAUCCAGGCUGAAGUCUCAAAAUCUAAUAAUGAGAUUGAAUUCACAUCUUUGACUUAAUCUUAGAUAUCAAGGUUUUAUUUUUGCAAAAUGUUCUUUACAGUAUGUAUAAAAAGUGUUUCGUUCCGUAACUUUGUUCCGUAAAAAUAACUAUUGCGAGUUAAGUACCUUUACUAGACAAAUUAUGCGAAUGCUUUGUUAAAGAGAAAAGUUUUAAGUCUAGAUUUAAAAUGAUCGACUGUGUCUGAUUCUCGGACUUCAGUUGGUAAAUCAUUCCAGAGCUUAGGGGCUAA